AGUGAUAGAGCACUUGCCUAGCCUGCAUGAGGUUCUGGCCUUGAUCCCCAGCACUACGCAAAAACAGUAACACCAAACGUGUUAAAAGACAUCACAGUAAGUAAAAUGAAUUUGGAGAAGAAGAAUUUGUAAAACAUUUGUGACCAGUAUAAUGGAGUCCUGGGUAUCGACAUGGUCGACAGCAGGCCUGGGCACUGUGCAGACGCCACAGGUAGGAGAACCUGAAGCACCCGAGUAGCUCUCAGAGCUAUGGGAGUGAGGUGGCACCUGCCACCCAGCAGUCCCACUGCUGGCCACCUGCCCUGAGCAGUCCUCCCCAGAUUGCAUGUGUUUGAUUCCAGUCUGCUACAAGUUGUGGUGCCAGUCACUAACAGCACAUUUGAAGUGCAAGCCCAGACAUUGUCCUUUCCUCGUCUGAAUUAGUGUGUGGAGACCAGUGGGUCGCCACCACAGAGCACACAGCACCAGCACGCCACCUGCCUCUGGCAGCUCUCUCUGCUCUCUGUGGCCUGUUUCACCUGUUGAGAAUGUCAUGCAACAGCAUGCCACCGUGGGGACAACCUUUCACACAGCGCUAAGCCUUUGAGGGCCAUCCACGCCAUGGAUGAGCAGUGCUCCCUUGUGUGGUGGCUCCCUCUUUGUCAUCCAGUCACUAGCUGAGUGGUAUCUAGUGGCUUCUGGGUUUGGUAUUUAUAAAUGUUCCCAUACUUGUCACUUUAAGGAAAGUGCCCUGUCUUUCCAGAGUGGCUGUCCUGCACUCCCAGCAGCAUGCACAGGGCUUCCCUCCAUUCCCACCAGCACUCAGCAUGUCACAUUGCUUUUGAAAGCAGUUCUUUGUUUUGUGUUUCUGAGACGGGCUCUUGCUAUGUUGCUGCUGUGAUUUGGAUAUGAAGUGUCCCCCAAAGACUUGUGUGUCGAAGCCUUGGUCCCAGUGCUGCAGUGUCCAAGGUGCAUGUUCUUUGCAAGUAAUCCUCCCAUGAGGACUCUGGCCUCCUCAGUGGACGGCUCUGCUGCAGGGCUGAGUGGACUAUUGGGAGGCGGGGCCUAGGUGCAGGCACUGGAUCCUUGAGGAUGUGCCCAUGGGGACUAGGGUCUUGUGCCAGUCCCUUCUGCCUUUCUUCAGGCUCAGAGUAAUGGAGCCUGCCAACCCUGCUCUGAAACUGUGAGCCAAAAUAAACCUUUCCUGUUUGUUAGCUUUUUGUUGCUGUGACCAUACCUGAGGAGAAUAGCAACGGAAGGGGAAAGGUCUAUCUGGGCUCACGAUUUCAGAGACCCAGUCCACAGCAGCUGGCUCUUGCUCAGGGCCUGAGGUGAGGCGGAGCAUCGGGGCCCAGGAAAGCAGUGAGGAGGAGUGAGGAUUGGAGAAGUCCCCAGAGGCCCCUUCCUCCGCCACAUUGCCACCUAAGGGUCCCUUCAGGUUAUGGAUCCAUCAGGUGGGUUUAUCAACUGAGAGGUCACAGUACACAUGAGCUAGUUACCUCACCUCUGAACAUUCCUGUAUUGUAUAACACGUGAGCUUUGGGGGGACAUUAAAGAUCCAGACCAUAACUCUUCCUUGAGUGGUUUUUUCCUUAGGUUUUUCACUUCAGUAAGGAAAAGCCGACUAACAACACAUACCAAUGUCGCCGGGGCUGACCUCUGACUCGCAGUUCUCUGCCUCAGGAGGACAGGGCCGUGUGCCUGGCAAAGCCGUUCUGUUGCAUGCACCGCGAAAUAAAACAGACAAAAGCCCUGCGAACCCAGACUUGCUGUGGUGGCAGCCGAGUUGAGCAGAGUCCUUCAUGUCCCGCCCAGUCGUGCCUCGGACUGCUGCCUCCGUGCACUUCCUGCCAGUGUUGCAGUGGGGAUCCAGGUCUGCUGCCUUUCCACAUGCUUUUUAGAGUGACCUAACAUGGCAGACCAGAGGCAGCGCUCACUCUCUACCUCCGGAGAGUCACUCUACCAUGUUCUUGGGCUGGACAAGAAUGCGACCUCAGAUGACAUUAAAAAGUCCUAUCGGAAGCUUGCCCUGAAGUACCACCCUGAUAAGAACCCUGACAACCCGGAGGCUGCAGAUAAGUUCAAGGAGAUCAACAACGCACAUGCCAUCCUGACGGAUGCCACGAAAAGGAACAUCUAUGACAAGUACGGCUCACUGGGGCUCUACGUGGCGGAGCAGUUCGGGGAGGAGAACGUCAACACCUACUUCGUGCUCUCCAGCUGGUGGGCCAAGGCCCUCUUCGUUUUCUGCGGGCUCCUCACCUGCUGCUACUGCUGCUGCUGUCUGUGCUGCUGCUUCAACUGCUGCUGUGGCAAGUGCAAGCCCAAGGCCCCCGAGGGGGAGGAGACGGCCUUCUACGUGUCCCCAGAGGACCUGGAGGCACAGCUGCAGUCUGAUGAGAGGGAGGCCACAGACACGCCAAUCGUCAUACAGCCCGCCUCCGCCACAGAGACCACCCAGCUCACGGCCGACUCCCACCCUAGCUACCACACUGACGGGUUCAACUAGGUUCAGGAGGAGCUGAGAUUCGAGGAGGGAUCAGCACCCGGCCACCGCAACCUUAGAUCCAUGAACUAGUCACCAGAUGGGGAGGCGCCGCGUCGGGGCCUCCCCUCCUCCACGCCCGCUGCCCGUCGACCCUCGAUACCCGAAGUGCGUAGCAUGCAGUAUUUAAAGCAGUGUAGCUACGGUCUUCUGCUCUCCUUUUCUAGUAGCAUGUAUGGUCGUGUUCAGUGUCUGUGUUGUGGACCUGCUGUGGCUCGGCCGCGCUCGCUGGACAGUGGAGCUGCCUCGGGGUGUUUAGCCAGGUCGGUCCAGUGAGGGUGGACUGGGCAGGAAGGGCCUCAGUGCUCCUGUGCUCACGGGGCUGGGGUCAGAUUCUUCCAGGCAAAGCCACAUCUCCACCUUGGCCGUGGGGUCCCAGGGCAGGGCCUGGCUCAUCUGGCCCAUCAAGGACAAGCUGGGCCAGGUCCUCUGGAACCACAGGGCCAUGGUUGUCCCUGGGUGUUACGUUGGCAUGGCGUGCAAGGGCCUCUGCACCCUGUCGUCUCCUUGUGGCAGGUCUCUCCAGGUGGUAGGUGUGAUGUGGACAGUGUGUGCACACGUGUGCACUCUGCACGGUUGUCUGCCCCGGGCCUCUUUGCUUCAGGGCCUGAGGUUCCUGUCCAUCGAGGGGUGCCCCUCCCGGUGCGUGGAGGUCCUCCGUCUUUGUUCCUGAACCUUCCCAGGCUGAGCUGGACUGAUGGGGCCGUAGUCUCUCUCCCCUUCCCUGGGUGGUUCUCCACACUCCUUAAGCCCACCUGUUUGUUUUUUUGUUUGUUUGUUUGUUUGAUUUGUUUUGUUUUUAAGCCCUUUUUGGACUUUUAAGAAUCCCAAGUGGUUGCAGUCAGAGGGUGUGAAUCCAAGUGGGUGGAUGAAGGACUCCAGUGAGCCCCCAGCCUCUGGACCCUCCUCCUGGUGCUGGCCAGAGCUCCAUCCACCCACUUGCCUUCACUUGCGCCUGUCGUCCGUGCUCUAGUCGGCACUAGAACAUAGGGUUCCUGGAGCAAGAUGGCUGGAGCCAAGAUGCCCCUGGCCUCAGGAGGGCUGGGUCCCAGCGAGACUGUGGGACACCCUGCUUGCCAGCCAGCCUGGGAGGCCAGUGCUGGACGAGACUCUGUGAACCGCAGAUCUGUGGGUGGCGCCUUGGUGGGUGAGCUGGGGAAAUGUGAGCACCACAUGUCAAGGCUUUGGGGCCACCUUGUGCCCCCUACAAUUUCCUGAACGUGCCGGACCAGAGUCCAGUGGGCCGAGUUCCUGCAGAACUUUCCCGAAGCCUGCUGCCGAGCAUCUUCUGAAUUUCUAGUAGAGAUGAAGAAUGAGAAAACUCCUAUGCUGACCACGUGGCCCUGACAAACCACCUUGAGUCCCUUCACCCCCAUCCCCACUCCCUCCCACCGUGGGCUCCUAUUUGCCAGUGACUGCCAAGGGCAGGGCUUUGGGAUUUGGGUGUUGGUUGAGGGUACCCAGCAAGGUCCAGUGAGGCUGCUGUGAUGCCAGGGCCCCCAGCUGAUCCUAUUGCAGGUGGACGUGGGCAAGGAACUGCCCAGGAACCAGUCCCUGGGGCGUGUUUGUCCGUGUUGCUCAUUGAACGAUCAUGAAGAUACUGAGCAAGAGGGCUCCAUGCUAGGGUGCUGUGUCAGGGCCGUCCCCCUGUGGAGGGUGGGAACCACCAGUGGGCCCACAGACUGCUCAGCAGGCAGCCCAAGGGCUAGUCCCAGCACAACAGCAAGAGCUCAGCCCCUGAAGCUUUCUUGCGAUAAUUCGAGAGUGAGUUGCUUUCUCAGAACAGCCAGGACCCAGGGCCAUAGUCUGGUGACCUGCUGAGCAUCUUCUGAAUUUCUAGUAGAGAUGAAGAAUGAGAAAACUCCUAUGCUGUGGGACAGCCCUCCUGGCAUGCAGCCCUGUGGUUUUUGUCUCGUGUCCCUGUGAGCUGUGGCCACUUCUUAGGAGAAAGGAUCUCCCUGGGUGGCAGCUGGGGUGGGAAUAGCCACUUAGCCCAGUGUCCUGUGGGGGUCUCUGAAACUGAGUGAAUCAUGUAGGAUUUGUAACACCACAAACAGGACACAGGCUCUGGAGUGAGGGCCGUGGCUCUGCAGCCAUGGCCAGAGCAUGUCCCUCACCUGCUCGAGGCAGACAGUGCCUCAUCGUGCACUGCGAUGGUCUGUGGCUGCCCUGGUUCUGUUUCCUUUUUAAUGAGCACAGCUGGUGAGUCUUGGGGGUCAGCCUGACCCCCAUGUCCCCAGCUCCUGGGCUACACUUCUGGGCUGUCGACAGUGUGUGAUGUAUUGCCUGGGGAGUGCUCAGGUCAGUGUGCUUGGAAACCCAUCCAGAGCAGUGGUGCCCCGCAGGGUCCUGGCCACCUAUGGUAGCUCUGGGGUGUGUAGAUCCCUGUUCCUGCCCAGGGCUGUGGUCUUUCCUUGUCUUCCUUUGGCUUCAUUCUAUUUUAAGCUGCUUUAGAUAUUGUUGCCCCAUGUCAAUGAGCCUUCCUAGUUCUCUGGUGUUCAGUUAAUGCAGCCAGUGUCCAGUGGGAACCCGUCAGGAAGAGAAGCCAGAGUUCCCGCGGUCUCUUUGCUACUUGCUGGACUGGGCUGCAGCUCCAGUCUGGAAAGGUCCUGAAUCAUGAAGCAGUCAAGACUCGUCUCAGCUGUCCUAACCCAGGUUUUAGCAGCACAGGGGAGCUGAUGGUCCUGCAGGCUUCCCUCAAGGGUCCAGGUGAUGUGGGCAGAGGCAAGGUGGGUCCUGCCCAUCCUUGACUUCAAUCUGUCUGUGUGGUGCCUCGCUGGUGAGAAUCAUGGCAGGCGCUGGUGCCACCCCUUUCCCAGUGCUGAGCUGGUGCCCUGUAGCCCAGGACUGGCCUGUUUGUUAUUUGGGUUCUGAAUGCCCUGCUGUGGACAGGUGCAGCUUGUGUUGCCAGGUGCUGUGGUGCAGGCUGUGUGUCUGUGUACAUGUGUGUAUGUAUGGACCACGCAGCAGGCCCCGCGUGCUGCUGUCCAGGGGUGAAGCAACAAGUACAAGAAAGUUGGCUCCAAAGUGGCCUCUGUUUUCUUGGUGAGUUGGGUAGGGACAGGGUCUCGGCACGGUCCUCCUGGCGGAUACACCCAAGGGAACAGCCUCCUAUGUGCAGGAUGCGUGUGCCUGAACACAAGGUCAAGACCCCACCAGCGUCAAGCGUCACAAGGGUGACUGUCCUAAGCACAUGUCAUGUUCACCUGGCCCACAGGUGUGGGAAGUGUAGGAGGUGGCUGGAAACUCUCCCCUCCCUGGGCGCCUGAGUCAGUCAGUGACAAGGUUGCAUCUAAAGAGCAGCCUGGGCACCUGCCUGCAGGAGGGCUGGGCCAAGGGCCCCCCAGGUGGUGCCUGUGGCGGACUGGUUCUCCUGCAAGGCGGGGCGGCCUGGGAAGCUGGGUGAGGGAGGGGGAAUACACACUGACACGCACACCACAGGUGCUGCUUCUGAGAAUCAGAUGCGAGUGUGGAGAGCAGCAGUCCACGAGCUGGUUCCACCCAGCUGCCAGGAUGGCCUGCUGACCUGGCUCCACGCACAUCUCCAGGGCUGGAGAGCGAGUGGUCUCCAUGGUGAUCUCUGUCUUGUGUGUGUCUGAAUGUUGACCUAAAGUAAAGAUAACUUGUAAAAUAAAUGUUUUCACUGCAGAAA